AUGUACUGGCAAACUGAGUUCCAUGGUGAAGUCGUCGCUCUCCGGGAACACAACGCUCUGCGUCGCUUAUGCUGCUUCUUCGACCUUUUCUUCUCAAAACCCAACGACUGGAACCCUUCUCCUUUCAUGCAGUUGACUCAUCUUGACCUCGCUACCCACGAUGAAAGCUGGUAUCCAGCACUCGCGACAUUGACCAACCUCUCAUACUUAUUUAUCGAACUCGUCCCUGAUACUUACGAUCUCCCCCUGCUCGCCGAACACCUUCCGGUUAACCUAAGAGUCUGCGUAUUGUUUAUCAACCAACGUUGGUCGGAAGGGGACGUUGUCAACGUCAAGCCAUACGCGUCUGGCGAAGUGGAUAAGCGUAUUGUGCUCGGCUCCUUUUAUGACGCCGGUCUUUCUACUCAGUACGUCCAUCGUACUAUAGCGGAAGUGCGUUUGGAGUGGACAACAUACGCAAGAGGGCGGAGCUUUUGGGAGGAAGCCGAAUCAAUCGUGAAUCAACGCAGUGUGCUGAAGGAAAGUUGA